GGUGUGCAAAGCAAAACAAUAAAGGUUCAAUUGCCAUUGAGUUCCUCAGUAAUGGCUCAAAAUAGUUUUGGAAGUCGCUCGGUCACGUCCUCAAAAAGAGUUUGUCAAUAUGGUGAAUGGUUUGAAGUCCCUACUUGUAGGUGUGGCAAGGACAUGAAAAUGCUAACAUCGUGGACCAAAAGUAAUCCUGGUAUAAGAUUCUGGACGUGUGCCGGAAAUGUCGGUGAAGGAACACGUAAAUGUAAGAGCUGGGAUUGGAUUGACCCUGAAAUAUGCGAUCGUGCUAAGAAGAUCAUUCCCGGGCUUCUAGACAAGAUCAAUGAGAAAGACAGAGAGAUGGAGAAGCUAAAGAACCGUAAUAAACAGAAGAAAAGGAUGAAUGUCAUCCCUUUUAUGUUUGGUUUGGGUGUAGGACUUGUCAUCCAUUAUCUUUUCCUUGUAUUAUUUAUGUAAACUUUAGAAAACAAGACUUUGGCUAUGAAUGUAAUUUCACCCUUUGUCUUUGUAUUGGCUGUGGCACUUGUAUGAUGUACUUUAUGGUUUUUAUUUGUAAUGAAAGCCUACUAUUGCU